CUUUUGUUUUUUCCGCUGCAUACAGUCUGCAGAGUCGGUGGUCGAAGGUGCACGGGCACGACGUCGCGCCUCUGUGCAUUGUGGUCGCGCGUCCAAAGAUAAGCAUGGUGGGUUCGGUCUGAUGACCGAAGCUGUAGAAUAAUUAAAUCGAUUGAUUACAGUACGUGCCCCAUAGCUAAAUUGUGUAAUUAAUCGCGCACCAAUCGAUACCUCCCAGUGAUCUAGGGCAGGAGACGGUACCGCCAGUUACGACAUCAUCCUGUUUUGGCAGGGUUUAUCUUUGGUCGGCAAUCGCGGUGCUGGAACAUCAUCUGAUCAGAAGCAACCGAUAUAUGCAGGGCAUACAGAAAUGAACACUGAAAAGUUGAUACAAAACUCUGGUGAAAGUGCCAACGAGAUGGAGCAAACUAAUAAGACUAAAGCUGCGGAUAAAAAGCGGACCAAACUGCCCAAGAAUCGAUCACAGCUGGGCAGUGACUUCGUUGCACCGGAUGGUGGUUGGGGCUGGAUGGUGGUAUUAGCUGCUGGAUGUUCCAAUCUCUGCACAUUCCCAGUGUUGCAGCAGUUUGGUCUACUGUUUCGCGACCAGAUGACUGAGCUGUCGAUCAGUGCGUCCGAGGUGACGACCAUCAUCAACACUCACUCCGCACUAACUUCGAUCGUAGGUUUAGCGAAUGGGCCCAUGUUCCGGUUGUUCACCUAUCGGCAGGUCGCAUUCUUCGGUGCCCUGCUGGUAGGAAUAGCCGUCUCCCUCACGUCACUCGCAGAUAGCUUCUUCGAGUACAUGGUCACCUUCGCCGUGCUGUACGGUGCCGGUGUCGGUAUCAAUGCAUCCGCCAACUCGCUCGCACUCAAUACGUACUUCAAGCAAAAGCGUCGCAUCGCGACCGGAUUCGCCUGGACACUGACCGGGCUUGGGCCGAUCGUUGCACCGCACCUGGUAACCUUGCUUCACCGGCACUUCAGCGUCAACCAUACGGUACUGAUCUUCGGCGGGUUCGCAAUGAAUGCGGUCGCGUUCGCCCUGCUCUACCAGCCCGUACAGUGGCACUCCAAAUCUCCACAAUCAACCUCCGAACCGGAUGAAGCGAAUCUACCAACAACACCUCCACCCAGCGAACGCUGUAUCUACUGUCAAACCGCACAGGAUCCGGAUGCCGUCCCGUUCAACACGCUACCGAUCGAACGUUCGCAGCAGGAUCUGCUCGCGUACGAUGCUGCCGUCGAUACCGGGACGCCGAUGUUAUCCCGCGCCAACGAUGGAUGGUAUUCGCGCAGCUCGCUCCGGUCAGUGUACAGCUCACGGCACAGUCUUACCACGCCGCGCAUUCUCUCCCACCGUCCGUCCGUGUUGAGCCUUAGCGAUACGAGAGCGUUUAUCGCGAUCCCAGCGAAGGACACGGCCGCAUUCAAGAUCGAGGAGUGUCAGACGGAGGACUGCCCGGACGUGCAGGCCGAACAUAAGCCACUGAGACGUCCGACAGAUCCGACCCCUCUACCACACCGGUCAUACUACUUCGACCAGAAGGACGCUCCAAUAGAAUCACCACCUUCAAACGGGUUGGGUACCGUGUUGGGCGAAAAGGAUGUACUCAAGCAAGCAUCAAAGCGACUCGCCCAGUUGGUAGAAGACACCCGUCCGACCAGUUGUACCUGCUCGCAAGCGUUACAGUCACUGCUUGAGGAUGGUCCGGACGAGGAACUUCCGCUCACACUGCUGCAGCGUAUCGUCAUCUUCUUCGAUCUAGAUCUGUUACGCGAUCGCAUCUACAUCAACAUUAUGAUCGGCAUCACGAUCGCGAACUUUGCGGAGCUAAACUUCUCCAUCCUGACACCGUUCGUGCUGGCAGACUUUGGAUGUAGCCGGGAUCAGAUUGCGAUGGCAAUGUCGGUGCUGGGUGUGACGGAUAUCUGCUGCCGAUGUUUGGUGCCACUGAUUGCAGAUCGCAUCAAAUGGCAGAACCGUACGUUCUUUCUUGUCGGUGUAAUCAACAUGGCGCUCGGUAGAGUGGUACUAGCUCACUUCCACAGCUACACGGUGGUGCUGGCCAUCGCUUGUUGGAUUGGGUUUAACAAGGGUCUGAGGACGGUCUUCAUGGCGCUAGCUAUCCCAUCGCAUGUCCCGCUCGAUCGGCUUCCGGGUGCUACCGGGAUACAUCUGCUGUUUGCUGGAUUCUUCUAUCUGCUUGUCGGUCCCAUUGUCGGAUACGUUCGGGAUACCACCAACUACGCUACCACCUUACACUUCCUCAAUCUGGCCACGUACACGAUGGCGAUCUGUUGGUCGUUGGAGAUGUACUACUUCACGCCACGUCAGCGACGAUGGCAAAAGGCCACCCUUGCUACCGGAAGCUGAACCACACCACCCACAUUCUCUAGCCAUUAAGCUCUAGCAUGUAAAUUCCAGCCGGCGAGAGAGCCAUUAUCAUUCCAUCGAGCGCGUUCCACAAAAGGCGCUCUGUCAUGCAAAAUAUGUUGAUAGUAAAACCGAGCGGAGAUGGAGGUUUUGUGUAACUUAGUUAAAUAUUCUCUUCUAGUACUCGUACUAGUGGUUUGGUAGGUAGUUAAGACACCCGGCCGCAUAGGUGACAGCAAAUGCUGACGUCCCGACAGUAAGAUCGGCUGAAAUUGAUACGCGAACGGGGAGGGUUAAGGUUAACGCAGCUAGAAAAAGAAGGUGCCAUAUAAA